AAAACGUUGGAUCCAUCCCGAUUGAAUCCAAACCCGUGAAAAGGCCCAACACAACGAAACCCCACCAUUCUUCUUCUCUUCGCCUUCAAGUUCGAUAUGGCGAAAUUUGCCCCAAACUUAAACCCUAAACCCCUAAGAAACCCUUUAUACUAAAUUAAACAAUUUCCCAGAUCUCUUUUUUUUUUCUUUUUUCUUUUUUUCUCUCUCUCUCUCUCUCUCUUUCUUCCUUUCUCUGUUCACUCGCAAUAACAAUAAUAAUGGCCUCAUCUUGCCGUAGAUUUAUCUCCAAAUCAUCUCUAUCAUCCAUUAAAUCAGCUAUCAGAUCCAACGCUCCAAAAUCUCCCUCUCCCUCCCCCUCUUCUCCCUCUUCACUCCCUUCUGCUUCCCUUCCUCGCCGCUUCUCCUUCUCUUCCAGAGCUCCGUGUGAAUUGGGAUGCGUGCAGUCGCUACUGCCGUUACACAGCGCAGUCGCGGUUGCGAGGAUGACGUCAUGUUUGAGUACGACAUCGAGGAGUUGCCGUGCGCUAUCUCAGGGUACACUCUGCUGCACCUCUCCUGGCCUCUAAUUCGGCCAUUUAUUACUCUUUUUAUUUUACUGCACAUAAAUUUCAAAAUAAACUCGGGACCUGUCAAUUAUGGCCCACUGCAUCUUUAUCAAAUGGAAUUGAUGGUACGUGAAACUUGUGUGCUGUUUUUGGAGAGCUUGGUCUGUCAGUUCCAAGGUGACCUGUUAGGAGAAAAAUACUGGGACAGGAUAUGUUUUUACAUGAUUGGAGAAGCAAGGCCUAGUAGCUUUUCCUUUUGUGAAGAUUUUUGUUGAUUUAUAAAUGCUGCUGAACCUUUAAAGCAGUGCCGCUGAUUUUGGUUCUUCAUAACUAAGGAAAUGAUUUCUUCCUACAUGUAACAAUUGUGGAUGCUAUUGUUUCAUAAGCUCAAUUGGUUAAACUGUUUGCUAUAAAAUAUAGUAUCCUUUCUCA